UACCCAUGCUAUUUACAGGGAUGGGAAAGCUGCAGGAAAUCUUGAUGGUAAACUCCAAUGUGAAGCCAUUGUAGACUACUAUCAAUACCGCUAAGUUAACGUUGCAGCAUACAUUUCCGAUUCAUUUACGAACGUACCAGCCGACAAGACAUGGGACAUCUUAUACAAUCAGCGAAAAAUCCUAACAGACCAGAAACACAGAGAAAGGGUCCCAAGGCCGGGUGGGCAGCGACUUGUCUGGGCUAACUUGAGACCCGUCCGGUUAGACGAAGGGUGACGCUGACACCUGCUUUGACAUCCACUGACUUGUGCACUUGAUGAAUUCAACAAUGGAGUCAUCAGACCAGACGUCUUCCGCAGAACUGAUGGGUCGAUAUGUCUCAUCGGAGAUGGGAUACAACGUGCCGAAAGAGGGAUGGAGGAUCUGCCUGGCGCAUGAGUUUAAAGAGAAGAGGAAGCCUUUCCAGGCCAAAGAUGUGUCGCUCUCCAACAUCAUAGAGCACAUCGGUCUUGGGAUCAGGUAUCUGAAAUGGUGGUAUCGAAAGACCCAGGUGGAAAAGAAAGCGCCAUUUAUAGAUAUGUUCUGUGCUUUGCCUCUACGACAGAUUUAUGGUGCUCCAUUGGGAGGUAUUGGAGGAGGUACCAUCACACGUGGUUGGCGGGGGGAGUUCUGCAGGUGGCAGCUCAACCCUGGAAUGUACCAUUACAAAACUGUGAUCACUAACCAGUUUACAGUGUGCCUGCGUCGGGGGGGUCAGACGGUGUACCAGCAGGUGCUGAGCGUGGAGCACCCCCCAGCCCUGCAGGGCUGGAACUGGGGCUUCUGCAGUGAAUACGCAUUCUACCACGCACUCUACCCCCGCGCCUGGACUGUCUACGACUUGCCCGGCCAGAAUGUCACACUCACCUGCCGACAGGUGUCCCCAGUCAUCCCGCAUGACUACAAGGACUCCAGUCUCCCAGUGGGAGUGUUUGUGUGGGAUGUGGAGAACAGGAAUGACUAUGAUCUGGACGUAUCCAUCAUGUUUACACUGCUCAAUGGUUCAGGACACAAGGACGACAAGAGUGGGGGACACUGGAAUGAACCGUUUCACCUGGAGAAGGAGGGGGAGGCUGUGUCAGGGGUGUUGCUGCACCACUGCACGCCUGUAAACCCCUACACACUCUGUAUGGCAGCCAGGGAACAGCCCGGUCGGGAGGUGAGCCAUCAGACGGCGUUCAGUCCAAAGGGGACGUGCAGUGCCCUGUGGACUGAUCUCAUCACUGAUGGAAACCUGGACUCACCAACAGGCUCCAGUCCCCCCACACAGAAGGGGGAGAAGGUUGCAGCUGCUCUGGUGGCCAAAUGUUUGGUGUCAGCACAUGGACACAACAGCCUUGAGAUGAGUCUGGCCUGGGACAUGCCCCUUAUACAGUUUGGCUCCAGAGAGAGAAAACACAGCAGGAGAUACACACGAUACUUUGGCAGUGAAGGAAAUGCUGGACCUGAGCUCUCACUGUAUGCUCUCACACACUACAGAGACUGGGAGAAGACCAUUGAGGAGUGGCAGAGACCAAUCCUGCAGGACAGCUCCCUUCCCCCCUGGUACAAAUCUGCCCUGUUCAAUGAGCUCUACUUUGUGGCGGAUGGUGGAACGGUGUGGGUGGAACUUCCAGAGGACGCUGAUGUCAGUGGUGGUCUCCGUAGCAACGAAGGGGGGCUCUCUGCCCAGCCUCCUGUCGUUAAGGAGUAUGGCCGCUUUGCCUACCUUGAGGGACAGGAGUACAGGAUGUACAACACAUAUGAUGUGCACUUUUAUGCAUCCUUUGCCCUCAUCAUGCUGUGGCCCAAACUAGCGCUUAGUCUGCAGUAUGACAUUGCUGGCAGUGUGGUGCAGAACGACCCCACUGAGAGGCUUGUCCUCAUGAGCGGCCGCUACUCCGCAGUGAAGACCCGCAAUGUCGUCCCUCAUGACAUUGGGGACCCAGAUGAUGAGCCAUGGACUCGUGUGAACGCCUACCUGAUCCAUGACACAGCUGACUGGAAGGACCUUAACCUGAAGUUCGUGCUGCAGGUGUACCGAGAUUACCACCUGACGCAGGACAUGCAAUACCUCUCUGACAUGUGGCCCGUCUGCCAGGCAGUGAUGGAGUCUGAGAUGAAGUUUGACAAGGACGGCGAUGGGCUCAUUGAGAACUCGGGCUACGCAGACCAGACUUAUGAUGGCUGGACAGUCACUGGACCUAGUGCUUACUGCGGGGGUCUGUGGCUGGCGUCCGUGUGCAUGAUGUGUAAGAUGGCACGGGUGCUGGGCAGUGACGACGUGUACCAGCGCUACAGAGAUGUACUGGACAGAGGCAGCGCCGCCUUCGACAAGCUACUGUGGAAUGGCCAAUACUACAACUAUGACAGCAGUGGACGGGACUUGUCCAACAGUGUGAUGUCAGACCAGUGCGCAGGACACUGGUUCUUACGAGCAUCCGGAUUGGGCGAAGACGAGUUCCAGGCCUUUCCCCAGGAGAAGAUCCGGAGUGCUCUGAAGUCGGUGUUUGACCUGAACGUGAUGAAGUUUGCCAGUGGGCAGAUGGGCGCAGUAAACGGCAUGCGGCCGGAGGGAGUGCCAGACCAAUCCAGCGUUCAAUCGGAUGAGGUGUGGGUGGGUGUCGUUUACGGUCUGGCCGCUACCAUGAUCCACGAGGGUAUGCUGGAGGAGGGCUUGAAGACCGCAGAGGGCUGCUACAGAACCGUGUGGGAACGCCUGGGCAUGGCCUUCCAGACCCCCGAGGCGUACUGUGAGAAGGGCAUCUAUCGCUCCCUGGCGUACAUGCGACCGCUUAGCAUCUGGGCCAUACAGCUGGCACUGGAAAACCGCACUGCACGGACUGAACAUGCCCAGAACGACAUCUGAGACAUCUGUCUGAGGUCACAGAUCAGAGUGAACAUGACCUAGAGGAACUGAACCAUUAAGUCAGAACACCAGCUAAGCUUUCCGAAUUGACUGUCCAGUGAUUAGUUAUGCACAGAUACACACGGAAGUAUACAUGCAUGAACAUGAAUGCAGACAGACUGAUAGGAUACAAACUAAGGCACUCACGGUUCCCAGUUAGUGCCCCAUGUAUGUUAUUUCCAUAAUAGCAUUCUCAUAACAUUUCAGAACAGAUUUACAGAUCUCCAUAUUGUAAUUGAUGACCAUGCACUGGAUCCCUCAAAGAUUUACACAUUCCAAACACAAAGUGAAACACCAAUAAAAUGCACACAUCAAAACACACACACACACACACACACACACACACACACACACACACACACACACACACACACACAUCCUUAUAUAUGUCUACCUGAAUCUCCUGACCUUGAUAUACCCACUAAAAAAGUUCUUGCCCUUGAGACAAUCUAUGGGACACUACUGUCCUAUGAUGCAACUGGACUAAUGACAAGUCUCUCAACUACUGCUUUCUCAGACUCAAGAUAUGUUUUGAUUCUGGUCAUAUGCUCUGCAGUGAGAAAGAGAAAUAUUUCCACCUUAACCACCCUCUGAUUGUUUAUACCUUUGAGAAGUGAGGACCAUCGCAGAGGAAAGGAAGAACACACUCGAUUUAAUAUCUACACAUAAAUGAAAACACAGCCUUGUCUAGAGAAUGCAAUAGAGGGUUUCAUUACAAAUUUACUUGAAUUGAAGUUUAUUUGUUUUGGUUUGUGAAAGCCUAAUUUUUUUUCCAAUGAAUGUUUUGACGGCUCUGAGUGUGCCUGCCUGUGUGAUGUAGCAUCUAAGCCUGUGAUGUAUGCAAUCUUUUACCGACAUAACAAGUACCACAACAUUAAAGAUCACUAAGAAGA